AACAUAGAGAUGAGGAUAAAAGAGACAAAUAAGGAAAGAUUGGUCAUUGUACAUAGUGAUAGAAAGAAGGAAUGGACGAUGGGAUUCGGUAUUAGUUUGAUUGGAUUGAUACCGUUCUUCUUGCACACGGAGGAUUGGUUCCUAUGGGUGGGCAAGUUUGUGUUCUGGAUGAUGUUCGCACUGAUAGGUCUACUCAAUUGUCGCGAUGAGUACACGAUCAGCUUUGACAAGGCCGACGGCAACGCGAUCAUAGCCUACCGCAACAUUAUCGACAUCAUCAGACGCGCAGUCGGCAACAAGAUCGUGCUGCCACUCGAGCGCUGCAGCCACGUGUUUGUCAAGGAGGAGGUGCACGAGAAGAAGAAGAUGCAUCGUGUGAUGCUGUACCUCGACGGCAUCAGCAUCCCGCUGACCGACACACUCUACUUCCACACGCAGUUCCCAGAGGAGUUGGCCAAGGGCAUCAACCAAUGGCUCAAGACCAAUCAAGUUGGCCGCAAGUUUGGUGCCAUCGGUGGUCAAGACGCAGACGAUGACGAUGACAACAAUGGUGCAGGCAGGACCCUGCCAGAUACACUAAAGAAGCGUGGAGUUGCAUCCGUCAAC